CAAACUUGCACCUUUCCUUGCAUAUGUGGCUUAGAUAAAGAGAAGAUUUAUUGGAAUGCAUGGGGUACAUGUAUAUUUUAUGUUUUCAGGCUCUGUGCAGUUUAGUUCUCCAAGAAAAAAUCAAUCCCACCUCGAAGCUUGGUAUUGUAUCCUUUUAUUUUUGAUGGCUUUUCAGUAUGCUUAUCUGCGUUAAAUGAAUAACACGUAUUUAGAUUUUGCAGUCACGUGGGAAUAUUAUGUACUUUACGCUAUAUGUAAAAUGAUGUGAUGUCACUAAUUGCGAGGGCUCCAUAUUUACAGCAGACCUGGAUAUGAUUCCAGCCUUUCUUCGAUCCUACGCUUAGAGGCAAAUAAUUUCUAUGAAAACACGGUCAAAUUAUCAUUUAUAACAGGACAUAAACAUUCAGUCCUGAGCGUUUGGCAUUAGCUGUGCUUAACAGUUAACAAAAUCCAUUGAAUUGCAUGAUUAAUUGUACAGGAUAAUCUUUUGUCUCUAGGUUUCGACCAGGUCAUACGAUGUUACGUACGCAUGUUACUGAUGUUAGCAUAUCAAAUUAAGUCGUAAUAAAUGCUUAUAAGUUAUAAGCAUUAAUUAAAACACGCCAUGCAAGGUGAAUGUACACAGAAUCACUGAACAUUGUCUGCAUGGCAUCUUCACUUCGUAAAGCAAUAUUGAUAUAUACCAUGUGUUUCCAUUUUCAAGUGCCUACUUCACGAAAUAUUUUCGGGAGAGAAGGUAAAUUUUCAACAUUAUGCUAAAGCGGUUUCGGUGUCCGUUAUAUGGAUCUAAGUUAUGCGAAUCUUUCAGAACAUGGGUCUUGAUGAAAUGAAUAUAUAAAGAGUCCCGAGUUGUGCCAUUUGACGGACAUUAGAUAUUUUUUCUAAGAUAAUCAAUUAAUCAUGUCAAUUAGCGUUGUUGUUUUUAAUUAGUGUACAGUUAUAACUAUCAAUUCUGAUUGUUUAAAAUAUUUUAUCAGUAGAGCUGUAAGGAAUCCUACACAGAACAAAACAGAUUGUAUAAAAUGCGUAUGUUGUGGCAUCAUUGGCAUACACUGUACAUGAUCGUAUAUUGCUUGCUAUAUUGCUAUAACUUUAGUAACUAUAGUUAAUAUUUAAUAUGACAAUUACGUUAUGUGGGUACAAUUUCAUUUCCUCGUUGCCGACUUGAUUCAUGGCUAAUCCGAGGCCUAAGUAGCCAAUACACACGAGGGUAUUUUAAAAGUCCAUGAGUUAGCUUUAUGUGCCCUUAACCUUGUAGAUAUAUUAUGCAUUGUUAGAUCUUUGCUCGUUGAAUCCCCAGUUUGGAAUGAAAAAGGUUUGUGUAGAAUUUCGCACGUAUAUAUGAUAUGAUUUAUUUUGUUGAAUGUUAUAUUAAGCCAAGCAUCUGUUGCACCUAUGAUUUCACAGAGAAAGAGCUAGACUGACCUCUUUGAAACUCUAUACACAUUUUCUUGGGGAGCAUGCUUCCGGACUCCCCCCUCAGGCCGCAUUUACACUAUGACGUUACGGCUAACACUCUGUUAAAAAUUUACUACGUUUCUAGUAUUGAGACUAUAUUGUGUUUAACGGAGUGGUUUGCCGUAACGUACUAACUACGGACCACUGUAUUUGCCACUGUGAAUACAAAUUAAUUUCGUUAAAAAUUCAGUGCGUUUCUUAGUAUUGUGUUUAAACUAUAACGGAGUGGUUUGCCGUAGCGUAUUAACUACAGACCACUACGUUUGGCACUCCGGAUGCAAAUCACUACGCUACGGUAAAUUUGCCGUAGCGUCAUAGUGUAAACGCGGCCUGAGAUUCGCGGCCUUUGGCCUCUAACGGAUUAAACGCACGAUGCAUUGUCAACCACGUGGCUACGGCCCUGGGGCUUUACUGCACUUCUAGGGAGGACAGCUGAUACAGUAAAGUUAGUUUACUUUUGUUUCCUUCAGUGGUAACAACGAGUGAAUAUACAGUAGAAAGGAUCCUAUACUGGACCUCAAAGUUUAACUAUACAUAGUAUUUACUAAGCUAUCCAUAUAAAUAUAGAUAGUUUACCUAUCAUAUCAUAUAUCAUCAUAUUAUAUAACACAAUAUACCUUAUCAUAUUGUACCUUAUACUAUAAAAGCUAUCCAAAAUACGUACUAUAAAAGCUUACCAUAUCAUACCUUACACCAUAAAUUACUAGUAAAAGCUAUAUAUUAUGUUUAAUAAACAUACAUUAAUUGGUUGUCUUUUAGUCUUCACAGUAUCCAUAAUUUACCUCCAGUUUUUUGGUAAAACUUCGAGAUUUAAUGAAAUUUCAGGUUGUUCGCUUGUUGCUAUAUACGCUACGGCAUUUAGGGGUAUCAUGGGUGUGUCACCAUUUCCGGUUUACAAAAAUGUUUUAGACCUUACCAUAGCACAGUAUAUCUCACCAUACCACACAUUGCUUAAAUUUUUCUGUUCUGUUUUUGUUCAGGUUGCAGAAAAGUUUGCUGCGAUGUUUUGUCUUCAGCCAGUUUUGGUGAAACUCUUUCAUGGUUUCUGGUGUUUAGAUCACAAAGACUUCGAUGUAAGUUUCAAACAGCAAUACAAACUUCAUUAUUUUACAUCGAACGUCAGAGUCUUGUGUGGGUUGUAUUCUACUACAAGCUGUCGAGGUUUGGGUCUGAAUUUCACUUCCUCAAAAAGGCCCUUUCGUCAGGAAAUAUAGUUGAUUACUUUAUGGUUUGUGAGAAGGUUACGGUUUACGGAAGGAUCUCUAAACGAAGAAAUGAACUCAGUGAACGAAUGUCUUGAGCGCUAAAAUACUUUGACAUGUUCUCAUUUUAAAUACAAACUUGCUUAUUUUUAAUACAGAAUGCUUUCAAAUUUCUGAUCGGAUCAGCAGGCCAGUUGACUUUAGCUCCAUGGCAAAAUUCCCAUAUCAUUCGUCUCUUCUUGGAACAAGGUAAAUGUAGGACCGCGAGCUUUGCAAAGUAAAAGAAUUAUAUAGGGGAGGAUUGUCAAUUGGGACGUUUGUACUGUUUUCCUCUCCUGUCACUCCGUCUUCGUGCCACCGUUAGUUUAGGUGUUGCAUGCAAGUUCUGUAUUUACUGUAUUUGUAAUUUGUAAUUUGUAAUGUGCAUAUUUCACUAAACUAAACUAAAUUAUAAACUAAACUAAAUAAAGUAAUAAAAAAUACGUUAAUUUCAUUGAUGGCCAAAGUACCCAAAGAUUCAUUUUUUUCUAUAAUUUUCUGCAGAUGAAAGCAAGAAGGCACUGCUGUUUAUUCGUUCAGUGAAGCCUGCCAUGUCUAAUCCAGCUGAUGUCGAGCUUCAUUUGUCUGUUCUCAUCAAGAAUGGUCUGGUCAACGAGGCUUGGCAAUUUCAGGUGAAUCACUUUACACGCUACGUGUGGUUAGUGUUACACCAUGGUAUUGCGGGCUCAAAUUCCUGCUGGCGACUAUUUUAUAUGGGCGAUUGCUAGAUAGUAUACUUCAAAAUAUAAGGUUUCCGUUUUUAUAUCAAUUUUUAAAAUAAGUUAGGGUUAGGUUAAGGUUAGGGGUAGGGUUAGUAUUAGGGUUAGGGGUAGAGUUAGUAUUAGGGUUAGGGUUUAGUUUUGCGUUAGGAUAGUUUUUUGUACGUUAUAAAAACGGAAACCUUAUUUUGAAGUAUACUAUCUAGGAAUCACCAUUUUAUAUGCGAGUAGUUCAGUGGGUCUAGAAAAUCCAAAAACGUUUUUUUGCAAUCCGUCGUAUAUAUUUAAGCCAUCCUUUGAGAAUUCUUGAUUCUUUUAUCUGAUUCUUAUUGGAAAUGUACCAAGAAAGCCCGCGAUGCCAUGGUGUGACACUGAUCCUUUAAAAUGUACCCUCACAAGUUUGCUCAUGAAUUACUAAUACGUUUGGGAAAUGUACAUGUUAUACGUUUUUGCAUGAUUUCCCGCUCUUCCACUUGUUGACGCGGCCUAUAGAUAGAAUUGCAAUUUUUAAUAAUUGAAGUAUAUUUUUAAAAUUAUUUUAUUAGCGUCAAUAUCGAGAUCCUGUUAGGAGACAAGAAUUAUUGAACCAUUUCUUUCUUGGGUGUCAUCAAUGUAAGUAAUUUGAAUUUUUAAGUUAAUAUUUUGAGCAACAGGCUAGCAUCCUGUUCUAAUUAACAAUUACACACCGAAGUUGGAGGUGAAUAGUGCAGGGAUCUUCACCGUAUAAUGCAAAAGAUAAUUUUGAUGACAAUUUUUCGUGCAAUUUCCGGUUGUGCAGUCCAUUACUGACUUCCCUUUUUGCCUUUUAGCCAAGAGUACAGGCAAAAUGUUGAAACUACCGCUUGAUAAAGUGGAAGUGGUAAGAAGUAAUUUUAAUAUCGGUAUUGAAAUUCACUAAGCCUUACAGCGCAACAGAUAGGGCCGGCCAACUUUAGAAAUGUUGAAAUUUAUAAGAGCACGUAGUUAAGGUGUUGCUCUCAAUUCUAUUUAAGGUUACAGGACACUCUUUUUGGCGUUUUGCGGAAAAUCGCUACUGCGCGCUCAAAAUCAGUCCGAUUUUCAUAAAAUUUUCACCAAAUGUUAGCCAGUGCAUCCAAAAUAUGGUAAAGUUGUAAAAUUGCCAAACAAUAAAAUAAUGUAAGAAUUAUUCAGGAAAAUCUUAAAUCGCGGUACCUUUACGCUUUUGAGUUGUGUUCCUGCUGGUUUUAAGAUAAAUUUAUGAAAAUAUCAUUUUUAUACAGUAAAAUAGUUGUUCUAAAAAAUUGUGUUCGGAAAUUUUUGUUUAUUUCGUCAUUCCGCUGAUAUGGCGAUUUCUUUGACGACUGCAAUAUAUUUCUGAAUCGUUUGAGUGAAUUGCUCCUUAUUAUUAAAAUAUCCAAAAUUAGAACAAAGCCGAACACAAUUUUGCAACUGACGUCUUUAGCUAUAUCCUGUGAAAAUUUGAGAAAAAUUCGUUAAGACCCGCAGGAGAACAACUCGUUUGAAAAUCGGUAAUUGCCGUAAAAUGUUUCGGGAGAAAAUUGAAUUUGAAUAUUACAUUUUCAAUGUUUUUCUUAUUGCAGCAAAAUGUAUUUUAUUAAACAACUCUGCGAGUUUUCAACAUUUUUCGUUCAAACUUUCUCAGAUAGUAGCACUAUUCUAAUGCUUUCAUGGAAACCAAUAAAAAAUUUUAGGCAAAAUUAACACUCAAAGGUGUUCUGUAACCUUAAUUGCCUCGAAAUACAAAACUAUACCAGGGGUCGGUUGUAUAAAAAAGUGAUUAAAGUUAACUAUAGUUAGUGGAAACGUCAUCCAGUAAGAAGCGCGUAUUUGAGAGUUAACCACUAUUUAACUACAAAAUAGUGGUUAAAAAGUAAUUAAAAGUUUUCUACAACCGGCCCCAGGCCUCAAAAUAAGUGCCGGUGAUUGAACGGUAAUUUUUCAGUUUGAUUGGCAAAUAUUACCGCUUACCGGACACGCAUGCAUGACUGUUAAAACUUUUAAUUAAAAAAAUGCGUACACAAGCAGAUUUUUCGUUUCCCAGCUUACUUUCAUUUGUCAUUUUAAAAACUUUCUAGCUCUUAAAUAUAUGCUAUGGCAAGAGCUACCUUUUGGAAACAUCUGAUCGCCAGAUUAAAAAGUUGAUCGAUCGGGCACCCGGUUAUUUCAAUCCCUGGUUAAGAAAAACGUCAGGCUUGCCCGGUGUGUAUGGGUACUCGUAUGCAGAACAUCAUCUUAACACAUACACUACAAUCGUUACAAAGAUUAAAGUAGAUCAAUGCCCUUGGUAUUAUUUAGCCCGUAGCCCGUUUUUCUUGUCUUUUCGUGAGAAACAAAUUGAUAAUGCUUUCAAAUCUCAACAUUACGCGGACAAAUCAUCGUUUUUUACUCGGAAAAAUCGCCCCAAUUUACCAAAUCGUUUAACCAGACUGCCUGAACAUAAUAGCUUUUAGAAGGUGGAUUACCUUUUUAAAUAUACAGCGUCCGAGUUUCAAACGACAUAUCGUCUUUUGUUUAUAGGAACACUUGAUAAGAUUCUUUGAACAGUCACCAUUCCCGCAAGCACGCGAAAUGCUUGUCAUGUUCUACAUGCAGCAAGGAUUUUAUGUGGAAGGCGUUCGUCUUAACGAAGAACUCAAGAGAGAUACGAUGGUGAGAUUCUUUUAAAUAUGACUAGAUAGAGUCUUGCAUUAUGCACCUGUUAGGCCAUAGACAGCUCAGUAAAUUCUGGAGGGGUUCUGAAGGAUCGCUAUAUACGAUCCUUCACAACGAGUAAAUAAUAAAAAUCGUACAAACACAUUUGUUAAUUAUAUAAGUAUAUGUAGAGAUAAAUCUUUGGCACUGACAAACUUACAAAUGAACAACACACAAGGCCCACAAGCGACUUAGUGUAUGCAAAAACCUUACCCCUUAAUUAUUUCGUCAUUUUUUGCUGGAAUUCAAAUCCAAGAUGUUUAUCGGAAGUAAGUUUGAAAUAACGAUGAUAAUCAUAUAGUCGCUUUAUUAGCGAAAAAUACAAUAAAAACUUCAAUUAUGAGCAGGAAAACCAGGAUAACGAUGUCACAACCAGGGUAAACUAUAACAAAUACUAUAUGAGAAGAGCUUGUAAAUAGCGUGUGCUUUGAUUUAAAAUAAUCGGUAUAAAAAAGUAUUAAGAUUUAGCAUUUUAUAUCUUUUAUAUAUCAGGUAAUAUCGUUUAUAUAUCAGGUAAUAUCGUUUAUAUACCAAGAACGGUAAGGAAAAUCUGUCUAAGGAAAACCAAAUCUAAAGGGUACAAAACCUGUGCCUACAUGGAUUACCAUGCAAUGUAAUCGUGUGCUUGCAUGAUAAACGUGUGCUUGCAUGAUAAACGUGUGCCUGCAUAAUAAACGUGUGCCUGCAUGGACUACCGAAUCUAAAGGGUACAAAACGGGUGCCUGCAUGGGGGAUAUACCGGAUACUAUAUAUACCACAGAAAAUCCUUUAUUUACUAAGGCUUUAGAAGCACCAUUUCCUGCAUUCUGGGAGCAAUUUUAACGAAGUUUUUAACUACACAACGACUAUAAUUCUAUAGUGUGUAUAUCUGACAAUUGGACGUGUAAUCCCAAUAAUUACAAAUGUUCUUGGUCUAGCAUGAUAAGGUGCAUAAUAAAAACGUGUUUGUGGUAAUAUUUUGGACGCUUAUACCCACACUUCUGUAAUUGAGUGCAUCCACAGGAGUCUCCCUCUUCUUACGCCACCUUGUAGGUUUAAACUUGAAGUAUUCCUGUAUAAUCUAUAUAAUUGUUGUGAUAGCGUGUGACGAUAGAUGCAUAUAUCAAGCUUAUACUAUGUCGAGACUUGCAGUUAGCAGGACACAUGUAACACGCACAGAACUAGUAAGUAUAACGUAAUCUUAGCUCACCAUCGGAGGCAUUGUAGGUCAUUGAUUGGAGCAUAUGUCUGGUUAGCAGAAGAUUUCAUGGCUCGAUUCCCGUUAUGGCCCAGACGUUUUUAGGAGAUAAAGCUUGAUAUGAAUCUUCACCAAGUCUUCCUGUUUUUAAAUUCUUAUACCGAGUCAUCUGAUUCAGUUGACUGGUAGCUAGUUACGGGCCGGAACUGAGUGUUGCAUAGUUGACGAACUCCCCCAUGAAUUCUAUUAAUGGUGACAUUUUUUAGAGCGACCACGAUCCUGCUGCCCAGAGGAGAGCUGCGGCGAGAAACGCCAUAGUUGGAAAAUAUUUUGAUCUACUCACGAAAGUCCAGCAAGAUCUCGCAAUGCGUCGUGACAAGACUCUGAGACAGAGAGAAACCACACGUAUUGAAGGUAUGUGCAUGCAGUUGUCUCAGCAUAUUAAUGGAGUAAUACAUUGAUAUACUGGAGUAAUAUAUCAACCCAAAAAUGUAAUAAAUGAGGCAUUUAAAUGGUUUUCUUAUUUCUGAGUUACGAGUUUUGAGUUACGUGCAGGUUUAUAUCUUCUGAAAACGCUAUUUUUGGCAAUUUUGAAGUAUUUUUCCAGUUUUGGAACAGUAAUAACUCCAAAGGGGCUUUGAAAAUAUCUGUGAAAUAUCUCUAUAUCUGUGAUUAAUAAGCACAUAGAAAACUACCAUUCUGCUAAAUGCCAUGCAUUUUGCUUCAAGUCUACAAUUUGACCUAAAUUUGGCACAUAUAAUUUGACCUGAAUUUGGCACAAUUUAACAUUGGCAAUCUUACGGGGUCUUUUGGAAAAUAUUGGAGGUGACUCCCCCCCCCCCCUCUUCCCCUCCCACUGCCCUUCCCCUACUAGUGUCCGCCAUGGACGUCAACUUUGUCAAUGAGUUGCUGCACUUUUUGUUUGUUUUUUGUCAUUGAGUUGCUGCACUGUAUUUUAGUUCCUCGACCGAGGCCAUUAUCAACGGUGGUACAUCAAGUAAAUCCUCGUCUUGUGUCGCGAACUGCUGUGAUUAAUGCUACGUUGGAAAAAAUUGCCGAAGCGAGGUACUUAGAGUUGUCGUUUGAGAUCGAAUGCACAGAGUGUAGUUGCCCAAUACACCCAUAGCUUCGGCUAAGUACUUCCCGGAAGGGCGAAUUCACCUGCAUGAGCAGUGAAAAAACUCGUGCCUAACAGUUUUUGGUCCAAGAGAACAAACGUGAAAAACAGCGGGGAACCAACCGACUCUACUUACUUGAACAGCUUAAGUAAAUACGUACUUGAACGGCAGUAACAGGCUUAAUUCAGUUGUUGUUUUGUUUGUUUGUUUGUUUGUUUGUUUGUUUGUUUGUUUGUUUGUUUGUUUGUUUGUUUGUUUGUUUGUUUGUUUGUUUGUUUGUUUGUUUGUUUGUUUGUUUGUUUGUUUGUUUGUUUGUUUGUUUGUUUGUUUGUUUGUUUGUUUGUUUGUUUGUUUGUUUGUUUGUUUGUUUGUUUGUUUACGACUUGACGACUUGACGACUUGACGACUUGACGACUUGACGACUUGACGACUUGACGACUUGUUGACUUGUUCACUUGUUCACUUGUUCACUUGUUGUCUCAAAUAUAACAAAAGUACUUCCAACCAAGGAUAAUAGGCAAUUCCAGCUUUUAGUUUAUGCGUAUAUUUGUAAUAUAUUUGUAAUUUAUAUUUGUAAAUAUUCAGAGGAGGUUGGACAGCCAAUUAGGCGAACAUCUCGACCAAUCAGAUUGCGCCAUUUUCUUCAUGCUCGCACGAAGCUUUUAGCAUCGAAAAUUUACAUAGGGCUCAUAACAUUUCACGCGAUACUACUUUUACAACAGUCAAUCUACCCAUUGGAACGGUAUCUUAAAAGGUAAGCGUCAUUUUCCAGUUUAUUUUGACCUCUCACUUAGGCGCUAGGCCGUCGCGAUGUAAUUUAAUGGCGUUUCUGUCAACAAUCUUUGAAGACAAAAAUCUCAAAUCUCCAUGGUUCGAUUUCGCUAUUUUUUUCACGAUUAGUUAGAUAAAAGUAUAAUCUUUAAUUCUAUCCAGCCGGCCCCCCUCGGCCUCUCAACCGUUUUCGAGAUAUUCACCGUUGAAUAUAGCCCUUUGUAAAAUAUGCUGCCUUGUCACUCAGAUCAAUAAUGAACUGCUAUUACUAGCUUUUUUCUAAAGAAAUUUGAUAUACUACAGAAGUCUCGAUAUAUUACGGAUUUAUAUGUAUUGUUUAAAGUAUGUAAGUAAUUAAAGCACUUAUAUUUUAUUGCUGAAAUGUAUUGUUUGGCUGAUGUUUUAGAUUUGAGAUUCAUGAUUUUGGCUAGUGGAUUCUAUUUUUGUCAAUGAUUCUAAGCAUCAUCAUUAAAUUUGGAGUUCUAAACUCGUUCACCUCUCUGGUAAAUGUUAUUGAUAUGACUUCUGGAUUUUCAAAACUAACCCAGUGACAACCAGAACAACUACUCAUCCACCUGUUUCAAAAAUGGCUGGUAAAACUUAAUCCUGGUUUAGAUGCUAAAUUCAAAUGUACCUCAAAAUUUUCUCCCACUUGUUGCCAAGGCUAUGUCUGUACUUCAUGCUGGUCAAAAAGGCAAUCUGAUUUAUAUAGCUGCUCGAUGCUUUGGAGAACAACGCCAUGGAGAUGUUAAUUUGUCCUAGAAUGCCAUUGGAUAGAAUGCCCUUUAUAGCAGUGAAGGCCCACUUGGCCUUAUUUAACAGUAUUUUGUAUAAAUGCUGUUACACAACUAAUUCAGAUAAAGUUUGAGAAAUGGUUGUUCUUAUGCACCUAUCAAUGUUAAGCUCCACAGAGGGGCGUCGGACAUAUGUGGGGCAUUUGAUUUUUGAGCAAAUUUUCAAUCAAAUGUCCCACUGUUGGGCAAUAAAUAUUGGCCAAAUACCCCAACAUUUUGCAAUAAACUGCACUAAAUACUGUAUUAAUAACAGUCAUUUUGGUUCAAAUUGCCCUAACUCGGGCCCAAAAUCCUAAUCAAAAUCCCUAGGGUGGGGAUGCAAUUAAUGAUUAAAUACCCCACAUCUGGGACUUAACAUUGAUAGGUGCAUUAUAUGCAGGGUUUUUUUGUAUUCUCAUAUAAUGUACCACAAAGUAUCAGCAGCAUGUUAUUGUGGGACCUUUGAUCAAUAUGUAUAUAAAUAGACAUAUUUUUGUUUUAUUGUUGCAUUAAUUUUAAUGAAAAAUUACUCACAAAGUUGGUCAAGUGAAUGAUUGUAUGAACUAUUUAUUUCUUCAUUUAGUGUACAGCACAUGUUACAAUUAUGUACUUAAUUGACAGACAUUGUUUUAAUGACAGACAUUGUUUUAAUUGCACCCACUUGUGAUUAACCUAGUUUUUGUUUAUUAAAAAUGCUGACAAAAAAUCUAAAAAGUUAGCCAAUUGAAAUAACAGCAUUUCUAUAACUUGCUAAACCUAGUCAGUUGCUAUUAUAUCACAAACAUCUGUCAACAUACACUCAUGCUCUUCUUUACCACUUGAGUCUCCCACUCACCACAUUACUUUAAUGAAAUUUUUGGAUAAAAUCCUAUUUUAAAAUUUAAGUCAACCCUAUACUUGAUAUGCUGAACAUAGACCUCUAAGAUAUCUCCUGUGGCAAUUAGUGGGUGCAAAUACUCGCAUAGUUCAGAAGCAAUAUUAAAUAACCAACAUGUGUCCAUCCAGUUCCAUAUAGUCCAGAUCAAUUGCACUUGGGUCCAUUGGAUUCAAUUGCUCUGGCCAUAUUCUUACAUUCACUGGUUUAUCUUGUCCAUGAAGAGCAAGUAUAUUGCCUGUUCCAAAUGAUGUUGGUAGUUUUUCUCAUGAGCAGCACUGAUGCACUUGAAUGGUACAGCAUGGAUGAUUUCGUUCUCGUCACUUUCAUCCUCAUCACUUAACUGGUCACCACAUUCUGCCGUAUCACCUUCAUUACCAUAUAUCCAUCCUGACCAGGUUCAAGACCAGCCAACCACUCAAGUAGAUCUCUUUCUACAAAAUCAUAACAGGAAAAUUUUUAUUUUAUACAUACACUGUAAUCUCUAAAAUUAGCAAUCUAAUGCAAAAGUGUGUCACUAUUUACAGUAAUAUUAGAACACACAAAUAUGGCAAUAUUACUUACAGAUGAAAAUUGAAAAAUAUAUAACUACUGUAUACUACUUCAGCAAAAAUUUAUUAAACAAUUUGUUUAACUCAAAACAUGUACAUAACUAUCACAGUGACAGAGUACAUAGACACACACAAUAGGGUCAAACUAGAGGCAAUAAACACAAAUAUUAUACGCUAUAUUGCUAUAAUUUUGUGCAGUGUAUUUCUGAAAUUACACUAUUACAGUACAGUACAGUACAGUACAGUACAAGAAUAAAAACAACAAAGCGGAAAUUUGACUAUAAAAUAACAAGAUAACUGUAAUGCAUUGUAGUAUACCAACCUUAAAUACUGCGCUUGUUUUCACGUUGAUGAUACACGGAGAUUUAACGCCAUCCAACUUAGAAAGAAGAGCCUUGCUAUUAGGAUUUGGGAAUAUUUAUAUAAACACAAUUCCUUCGCUCAGACGGAUUAUUUAUGAACUAAACUAAAAUGACAGCACGUCCCAUGCAAUUUAAAAAAAGGUAAACUUGGUAUAGCAAAACACAAGUCAUAAUGAGGAUCGCAACACUACAGCAAUAUGCUGUUCUGACACAAUAGUCGACUUUUAGUCGUUCGAAAGCUUCCAUAUUUGUUUAGUCAGAGAGAUGUUCACUCCUCGAUAGUCAACAGUCAAUGAAGCUACGCCGUGGAAUUAGGCGCUCAAUACCCAUGAUGCUUUGCGGCCUGCUGUCCAACCUCCUCUGGUAAAUAUUGAAAUAUUUCGGUUGUUUCGACAGUUUUUAUUGAAAAUUUUCAGCAUAAUCAGCAAUAUGAUACCUUACUUCCCAUCAUCCCCUGCACGCAUAAACUAAAAGCUGGAAUUGCCUAUUAGGCUCUGUUUUGUAUUCUUUGUGUUGUUGUUGUUCAGUGCAGCCGUAAUUUGCCUAUAUAUUUUUAUUUUUUAGGGCGAACGAGUCAACGUCACCCCAGGAAGCUCCAUUCACCGGCACACCAUCAACACAGAAAACUAGGUCUUUGUUAAGGUAUAAUAAGUGAACUCCAUACAACUGGGUAGUUAUAGGGCUAUAAGCCCCUCUCCCCCCCCCCCCAAAAAAAAAAUUAUAUAUAAAGACUGAUGCGGGUGAACUUAUGCCCCAGUUACACUAUACCGGAUUCGCAUCGGAGAGACAUCAAAUUUUACAGUUUCAACGAAAGUUUGGCACUCAAAAUUAUGAUAAUUUCUCAAACUCAUUAAUAAUUCAUGAGCAAAUAGACCAAUCAAGCACAAGCAUUUUGUCACGUGCAUGAAUUUGGAAACCCCGGUGAAGAUAUAAAUUUUGAAUCAGUAAUUAAGAAAUUAGAUAAUAAACGCUUGAGACAAUAAGAAGUGAUCCAUUACAACAUUUCUUAAUUAUGAAAACAGUAAAAACAAUGAAAACUGUGUUAUUACCACAAUUCUUAAUUGUCGUAGUUUAGUUUGCAAAUUUUAAUCACACAGCUUUACUCGAUCUCACAAGCGACCUAGACUAUUGAAACAUCGAAUAGUAAAACAAUAGACUAUUGUCGAUUGAGAAGUUAUUUCAUAAACUCGUGGCUCGCGUUCCACCAGGGUUUCCAAACACUUGAGAACAAUGGAUUUCACGAGGCUGUUUACCAAUCAUUUUUUAUUGUUCUCUUGAAUCUGCAAAACACUCAAGCAAUAAAAACCACUCGGCCGUUCCGGCCUCGUGUUUUCAUUGUCUUUCGUGUUUUACCUUCGUUUCGUUACUCCCGCUAAUUGACUUCCGCAAAUUCCUUACUCUUCAAGAAAUUACUUCCUUGAAUUUUCAAAACUUUGUUCUAAACAAAGACGAAGGACUUUGCGAAAGUCUAGUGUUACAAAUUCUGGAGAACAAUAAAAAUUGCUUGGUAUAUAAAACAGCCUCGUGAAUUCCAUUGUUCUCGCGUAUUUGGAAACCCUGGUAAAACACUCGCACUCGUUUAGAAAAAUAUUACGUAACACGUAACAGAAUUCUCAAUUCUUCAACUAUCAAAAGUUGUAAGAGGCCGAAAAGCGUCUUAGUUGAUCUCGCUCUAUGCGAAUCCGGAAUCGUGUAACUGGGGCCUUAAUAUGAAGAUUCGUGAUACCUUGCAGCCUGAAAUGACGCAGAUUCUGUCCGUGUAGUCUUCCCAGUGAACUCUAAUAAGACUGGAACGAUAACUCGGCCGCCGCCAUCUUUGACGCCAAAUUGAAGGCCGCCAUAAGGCCAAAGUCCGAAAUUACAUCAUCAAAAGAACGCCGAUUUUUUUUACACAAAACAGCCUCAUCUGAAUAAGAAUAAAGGCUUAAAACAAACAACAAUACUUGAACCUUACUCCAAAACAAGUUUCGUAAACGUAGAGAGAUUUAAACAUUUUUUUGUUAGUUGAAGAGCGAAGUUUUCUUCGGCACGUUCAAAUUUGUUAAGUAUUUCAAAUAUAAAGCUGAUACCUCAAACGUUUUUGCAGCUAGUUGAUGCAGAAUACUUAGAACUAUCCAGAAAACCAAGUUUAAAUCUUCGAAAUUGAAAUCUUCGGACGAAAAACUUAAUUUUUCGCCGUAUUUUUGCUAAAAAAACAAAGUUAUGAGGAAAUUGAACUCUCCCCAGUUCUUUUUUGAAAGUCACAGCGCGCGAACUUCUCCCUGGCGCCAAAUCACAAAUCGCAAAUCACGGGGGUUUCUACGGAAAAAUCGAUUUAUUCACGUUUUAGAGAUGUUAAAAAGCAUUCAAAAUAAACAACUAUACCUAGACUUUAAUACAAAAAAGUUAUUGGUCCGUAGAUUUAUGUUUUAAAGUUUGUUUUUUUUUGUUAAAGGGCAAAGUUCACUUGGGCACGUUGAACUGGUGUUGUUUUUAUGAAAACAAACCUGAUACCCUUCAAACUUUCGCUGUUGUGAGAUGCAAAGCAGUUCUAACUAUCAAAUAAAUCGUAUUUGGGUUUUUAAGAUUGAAUUCUUUUGAUGAAAAACGACUUUUCUUGUUCAUUUUCGUCGAAAAUAAACUUUGACUGAAUUUCCCACUCCUCGAAACUCUCCUUAGUCCUUUUAAAAGUGCAAUUUCCUCGCACGGUUGGCUUCAGACAAGUAUGGGCAUGUUUACCUCAGUUAUCGUUCCAGUCUUAUUAGAGUUCACUGAGUCUUCCCCGGAACACAGGAACUCUACAUUUCAAAAUUUUCCGGGGGAACAUAACGGGGAGUUUGUCUUCGACCUACACCCCCCCCCCCUCCACCCCAACCAACCAAACUUCCGCCACCUGUGCCGGUCCCAGAACGGGAUAGGAGGUGGUGUAUUGAAUUUUUUUAGUGCAAAAUGAAUCGUUAACAGUCGGCCACACGUACACACAUAUUGUCAAUAAUGGUGAAGUUAGUGUGCUAUGUUAUACUGUCAAACUGGUGUAAUGCUAAAUUAACGAAUUUAACCAAUCUUUUUAGCGAUUUACAUGCAAUCAGUUUUCCAAAGUUUCCAAGCGAGGAUAUUACGGCUGCCGUAACUGAAGCGAAGGCAAGUGUAUCGUCAAAUGUCAAUCAUUUCUAUUGUGUAGUUUUUUCUUUAAAUUUACCAAAAACUGAACAAAUAACUGCUCUAUCAUAAAUAUUGUAAUCCCAAAGGAGGAAAACACACUGAACAACUAUUUUAACUCUAAUACGAGUACGACGAUUUGGGUUGAAUACUUGAAUGGUACGGAGAUAAAUGAACCCAGAGACAGUUGGUAAUAUAAGGUUAGACUUUAAUAUGAUUCCAAAAUGUUCACAUGCGAACAGUAGGUUUGAAGAACAGAAUGGAGAUUUUAAAUCGAGAACAGGAGAUUUUGAAUCGGUUCGAACUAAAUAGCAUGACAAUAAAAAAGGUACUUUGACUACAGUAAUAACAAUUUGCGCGACUGUAUAUGAUGCACGCGAACUCAAAAACAAGCAAUUAUAGACCUAUACGAAAAAAUAGUUGUAAUUUUUUCUUCUUCCGAAAUUAACUUCGACUAAGAUAAUCACUGCUGCCCCCCCCCCCCCCCCCCCACUGCUGCUUUCUAGAAUACGUCAAGAUUACAGUUUUACAGAGUAUAAAUAUAAUAUUCCAUGCAUUCUAUACAACCUGUGUUGAGUUUGACCUUCCUUGGGUCGCGCAAUUUUUAUAAUCAUAGAACUAGAAGCUAUAUUAACAAGCACUGAUUGACAUGAUUAGCUGAAUAAUUUGCGUCGCACAAAAGUGUCGACGUUCACAAUUGUCUUUGCGAUUCAAAACUAACAAAUAUGACAUUAUAUUUAGACCCGUUCUACACAAAUAUCCCAACAACAAAGUAUGACAACCAGCCCUAUGUCGAAAUGGCUUCGAAAGGACAGGUAAAAUUUCUAUCGGCACUAUUACUCGAUCAUAGCCUACUUUUCAAUGGUCC